AUGGAGACAAUGCAAGUGGACUGUGAUAUGCAACCGGACAAGGAUGAUAGCGGAUGUAAUCAGGAUGAUAUGUCACCCUUCAGGCAGAUCAGUCUUCUUGAUUUAUCAGAUGAUGUUCUACUCUACAUCCUACGACUCUGCUCGCCACGCGAUCUAAAGGCUCUUGGAUAUACAUGUCCACGACUUGGAAUCUUGGUGCAAGAGCGGUCUCUGUGGAAGCAUGUGGAUGCUCGUAAUGAGGUCUUCAGCACCGCAAGGCUGGAGUGGUACCUCGCUCACAUGCUGCAUGAGGACACACAGGAAUUGUUGAUCAGUGGCCAUGCUAGGGAAUGUUCAGGAUGCCUUGGCCUCAUUAACACAACUCGGGCGGUUGCUGAAGAGGAUUUAAGCGGGCAGACUGCUGAUGAGAAGAAAAAGGAAGAGCCUUGUACUAGUGGCAACACGAUAUCGGAGGACAACAUAUCAGUGGUCCGUGAGAUGCCGUUCUAUGUUCGCAGACCUCAUUCGCGUUUCUAUGUUAAUCAGCGCAUGGACUGUUUGCCACGGCCACGCGACUACCCAGCCUGGAGCGACGACAGUGGCAUGGGCCGUUCGGGGCCCCAGAGCUGCGUGGGGCCUCAAUUCACAUUGACCCCACAAAUAAUGAGGCAACUGAGGCACCAGUGCAAUAUAACCAUACUCUCCCUGGAGUACUGCAAUGUCAAUUGCAAUGUUAUAAAUUUGAGCCAAUUUCCCAAAACUCUCAAGAGGCUGUCUCUACGUGGGACAAAGUUCUUCAAUCUGAUAAUUGAUCGAUCAUUUUUGACCAAAAUAUGCAAGUGUUUGCCCGUACUAGAGUAUUUGGACCUCUCAGAGUGCGACUGGUUGGAACCUUCGUCUCUUCUCCCGUUGUCCAAACAUCCCACACUCACCCACUUGAUCGCUCGCGAGUGUUACAAGUUGACGGAAUUCGUGGCUUACGCAUCGCUGACAUCCAGAUAUGGUUUUCGCACUUUGAAGGUUUUGGACCUUAGGGGAUCACCGGUAGGCGAUUCAGAGGUAGCUGCCCUCGGUUGGCUGCCUUACCUCGAAGAGUUGUGGCUUAGUGCUGCUCAUUUCCCCAAGAAGAUCCGCCAUGCUCACUACACAGAUGAUGAAUAUGUCCCUCAUACGCUGUUGGAUAAUUGGGAGUUGCAGGAACCAGACUAUUACCAAAAGAAAUCGAUCCCAGAGCCCAUAGAGAGCGAUGAGGAAGAUUCCAGCUUUCAAGAGAAUGUUGAACCUGAACCAUCCACAUCGAGGGAGGGUCCUACGUUGGGACCCACUUUUGAUGCCGAAGCGGCGAAUAAAAGAGCGAAAGAUGUUGAAAAGAGAAAGUCAUUACCGAAAGAGCCAGAGGAAGAGAAAAAGGAUGACAAUGAUGAUGAUGACGACGGCCAGGACGGCCCGAGUGAUCCGAAAAGAACAAAACGUGAUGCCACCAUACAUGUUCAUAUUGAAAGAAUUCGCUUGCAAAGGCAGAAUGAAAAUCAAGAAGAGAAUCCUAAUCCAGCACCUUCAGGAAGUAACGUCAUUGUUAUCGGACCAAAUGAAGACCCGCAACAUCCCUUAUACUGUGUAUGCCCUAAACACAAAUCUGUGGAAAAAACAGACAAAUCAACGGAAACAGAUAUGUCUGUCUGUGACUGUCCGAAGAAGAAAAACGAAAAAGAUAAGGAAAAUAAAACCCAGGAUCCCAAAGACGAACCAAGCGGGAGUCGAGACGAAAGGAAUGAUAACGCUAGAUAUGUCCGGUUUAGGAGAAACCAAAAUUCUGUAACUGUCAAUUUCGCUGACGACUCAGAGAUCACAGUUCGUCGUCUUCCUAGAAAUGAAGAAGCGAACCAAGAAGAAAAUCGACCAGACGAUAAUGCAAACCAAGAAAAUCCACAAAAACGUCGCAAGUUUUCUGAUAUUCUUCGCGCGUUUGCCGCUCAUUUGGAGACGCACGAACUCCAUGACUGCAAAAAACCUUCAAAGGAAAAUAAAGAAGAUGAUAAAAAGGAAGGUGAUAAAAAAGAUGAUGCAAAAGAAGAUGAUACAAAAGAAGAUGAUAAAAAAGAGAAGGAUGAAAUAAAACCAGAGGUCGAUGACCCCCAACCCGGCCCGUCAGGGGUUAAACCUAAACCUAAAGAGGAACCGGAAAAAGCGAAGCCAAAAAAAGAGUUGAACCCUAUUUGCGCCCGGAACCCGAAUCUAAGCCACCUAAUGCAGAAUAUCGAAAACCAACACAUAAACAUUCAGGUUGACAUCAACCAAGAAAACGCCAACCAGGAGCAGAAUCGUCCAGAGAACCCCAACAGAUUUGAGGCACACAUUUUUCUCCCUCGAAACUCAGUUUCGGCGCGUAAUCCUAACUUGAACAUGCUCGUCCAAAACGCGAGCCCGGAAAUUCCAGACCCAGGUCGGAAUAUGGAGAAUCUCCCGUUUCCAGGCUUCGUUCACCCAAUGCCGCCGUUCAGGGGAGAACCGUUACGAGACUUCCAAUACAUUCUUGAACCUCGUCACCACGUUUUGUACGUGAGCGUCGGCUCCCAGUUUAAUACCUUCAGAUUUCCCCGUGAAUCCGUCGAGGGUGAGGGGAAUUUAGAUCUGCAUAUUGACUCCAGUUCGCUGGUCACAGACUUCUCUAUUCGCCGAUUCGGGCGCGCUGAUGGGGAGAACGUGAACUUCAUACAUUUUGGGCCAAAUGGUCCGGUUCUGAUGGGCAACGGCGGGAAUAAUAAUCGGCCGGAUAGGUCCAACCUUCGCGUUUUAUCCGUGACCGGGUAUAGGAAUAUUACGGACCGUAGCCUGUUGCAUUUGAUCAGCGCGGCGCCGCAUUUGAGGAGACUGGACUUUUCGAGCACCAUGGUCACAGAUUCUGGGGUUGAGAAUUUCAGAAAUCUCCGACCUGAUUGCGAUGUUAUCUACAGUCCCUUUGAGGAGAAACCGAAACCAAAAUGA